AUGGGCGCAGGCAAAAGUGUUGAUCUUCAAGUAAGUUUUAAUCGAUCAAAUCGUUUUUAUUUUACUGGUGAACAAGUAUCAGGCAAUAUUUCAAUUAAUAAUACAUAUGAAAAAUUAAAAUGCAAUGAGAUUUUUAUUGAACUUAUUGGUGAACUUGGUGAAACACAAGACAAAGAUAAGACAAAGACACAUUCAAAUGGUGAAUCAACUGAACUAAAUCACAGACCUGAUCAUAGCAUUAAAUUCUUAAUUAUACGUUUACCUUUAGCUGAAUCUGAUCACGUAAAAAGUCAAAUGGUUCUUUCUCGCGGACAUUAUACAUGGCCAUUUGAAUUUACUCUUCCAGAAUUUUUACCUCCAUCAACAGAACCUAAUCUAACAGUAUAUCCUUAUAUAAGAUAUUUUAUACGAGUUGUUGUUGAUAAACCAUGGUAUAAAUUAAGUCAAACUGAAGCAUUUGGUUUUACAGUUUGUCCUCAUGUAGAUCUUUCUCAUAUGAAUAGUGCACAACAAACACUUCAUUUUAAUAAACAAAAUCGAAGACAAUUACAACUUGAAGGUUAUCUUUUAAGUAGUGGAAUUAUUCCUGGUCAGUCAUUUUCACUUGAAAUUAAAUUUCAAAAUCCUGAACGUAUUAAAAUUAAACGAAUUGAAAUUGCAUUUAUUCAACAUCGAAGCACUGUUAUGAAUAAUCAUAAAGAAGUUAUUUUUGUUGCUGAUUUACCUGGUUUUCAUGAAUUUGAUGGUGCUAGUUUACAAGAAACUUUUGAAUUCCCUUUACCUCGUGGUUAUAUAGCCCCUACAUAUUUUUUUGAAACAUUUUGGCAUCAUCAACCAUAUCCUUUUGUUAUCAAAUAUGAAUUAAUAUUAACAAUAAAAUAUCAUGGUUUUUUUACUAAUUUUGAAGUAAGUGUUCCAGUUAUUGUUGGUACAGAAUCAAAUUAUGAAAAUCAAAUACAAGAAGAAUAUGAUGAUCAAAAUACAAAUCAGACGGUCGAUGAAUUAGAACCACCACCACCAAGUUAUGAAUCAGUCGUUAAUACUGAAUAG